AUGACUACCUUUCCGUCAUGGAAAGAUCGGACGCAGAACCAGUUCGGCAAGCUCCAGAUCCAAAUGCCAUGGCGCUCCUUUCAGAUGCUCGUCCCUCAUCGGAUGCGUCGCAAGAUCCGUUCCAAGCUUCGGAGUCGCCUGUCACCGACCUCCUCUAUCUCAACGCUCCAGACCUCCUUCUCGCCCGUCGACACUCUCCGGUCGCUCCAGUCUCAUCGGUGGACGCUGUAUGACUUCCAGUAUCUGCUCCUCGUGAUCCUCGGCAUCUUCUCUUUAACGGUCAUUCAAUCUCCGGGCCCGUUGGCGAAGACCAGCAUCGCCACCUUGCUCCUGUUCUCGCUGCUUCUGCCGAUCACGCGUCAAUUCUUCCUCCCUUUCUUGCCUAUUGCCGGGUGGCUCAUCUUCUUCUAUGCCUGCCAGUUCGUCCCGAGCGACUGGCGGCCGGCCAUUUGGGUGCGGGUGUUGCCCGCCAUGGAGAACAUUCUCUACGGUGCCAACAUCAGCAACAUCCUUUCCGCCCAUCAGAAUGUGGUGCUUGAUGUUUUGGCGUGGAUCCCCUAUGGUCUUUGCCACUAUGGUGCUCCCUUCGUCGUCUCCCUAAUCCUCUUCAUUUUCGGUCCCCCGGGCACCACCCCCCUAUUCGCCCGAACUCUCGGAUAUAUCAGCAUGUUGGCGGUCACCGUGCAAUUGGUCUUCCCCUGCUCCCCUCCGUGGUACGAGAACCUGUACGGGCUUGCUCCGGCGGAUUACUCGAUGCAGGGUAACCCGGCCGGUCUGGCUCGCAUUGACAAAUUGCUCGGAAUCGACCUCUACACCUCCGGCUUCAAGCAGUCGCCCGUAGUCUUUGGCGCGUUCCCUUCGCUCCAUGCCGCCGAUUCAACCCUCGCUGCUCUGUUCAUGAGCCAUGUCUUCCCACGGCUGAAGUUUCUCUGGGUUACCUACACUCUCUGGAUGUGGUGGGCUACCAUGUAUCUGUCUCACCAUUACGCUGUGGAUCUGGUCUGCGGUGGUCUGCUCGCCACCGUGGCAUUCUACUUUGCGAAGACUCGGUUCCUGCCGCGCAUUCAGGCCGACAAGAUGUUUCGCUGGGACUACGAUUACGUUGAGAUCGGUGACGCCUCUCGUGAAUUCGGUUACGACCUCGCCAGCCUGGAAGGCGACUUCAACCUCGACAGUGAUGAGUGGACUGUGGGCUCUUCGUCUUCCGUCUCCUCUGGUUCGCUGAGCCCCGUCGAUGACCACUACACCUGGGAGAGCGAGACUCUGACCUCGAAUCACGACCUCGAGGCGGGCCGUUGA